GCAACUUCACAUACUUGAAGAAGAGGAGAGCAUGAAAUCUCAACGGAAAGACGUCCAUCAUGAACGCCAUGUCAUUUCGUCCGCUAGGGGGUUCCGUAGCGGCCAUCUCGAACCGCUUAGUUUUUCACAACGGCUGCACCGUCCCGCAGCUUGGCUUUGGCACGUAUCGAAUGUCCGCUGAUGAAGCCGCGGCUGCGGUGCCGUUUGCCCUAUCGUGUGGAUAUCGCCACUUCGACUGCGCGAAGGCGUACAACAACGAGGCAGCAGUAGGCGCAGCCCUCUCACAGGCGGCGCGCAGCCACAAUGUGCGUCGCGAGGAGCUGUUUAUCACUUCUAAGCUGUGGCCUACGGACCAACAUCCUGAUCAUGUCGAGACUGCCUGCCGCGCCAGUCUGGAAGCUUUACAGUUGGACUACCUAGACUUGUAUUUGGUGCACUGGCCUGUGUGCAUGCGUCACACCAAGGAGUGGAACAGCGAGGAGGACAAGUACCCCUCCGACUCCGAUGGGCGUCUUGCCAUCGACACGUCUGUUACCCUCCUCGACACUUGGCGUGCCAUGGGCGAGCUCGUUCAGAAAGGCCUCGUCAAGUCCGUUGGACUCGCGAACUGCACGGCAGCGCAGAUCGACGCUCUCGCUGAAGGCGCAAACGCAGCUCAGCUGCCUCACUUGCCUGUGCUAAAUCAGAUCGAGCUGCACCCUGGUUUGGUGGACGGAGUCUUGACAGCGUGCCACGGCACCCAUCAAAUACUAACAGGUGCCUAUUGCCCUCUUGGUAUGCCAACACGUUUUACGCCACCGGACUUUCAGCCGCUUAUUGAAGACGAGACGCUCAAACGGUUGGGUGAACUCACCGGCUUCUCACCGGCACGAGUCCUUCUUAACUGGAACGUGGACCGCAACAACGUGGUCAUCGUAAAGUCCACAAACAAAGACCAUAUCAAGUCAAACGCCAAAGCUGCCCGCUUCGCCUUGGAGGAUCGAUCUCGGGUCGUCCUAGACGGCUAUCGAUUUGCCUCCCGUAACUUCCGCGUGAUGAACCCAACCCAUUUCACAGUGGAUAGAUCGCCCUUUUUCGCCGCGGAGGACGCGCGAUUACAAAAGGAUAUUGAUACUCGUGGUGCGCACAAGAAGGCGGAGUGA